AAACAUAUCAGUCAACAAUUUCAUUGCUUCUUUUUUAAUUAACAAAAUGAGUCGAAAAUUAUCAUUUAUUAUUUUUUUCAUAAAUUUAUUGGCCGAAAUAAAGGCACGUUCGAUUGAAAGCAAUAAUUCAUUAGGAAAAAAUGACGAUUCUUAUCAAGCUGACAAUCAUCGUAGUGAAUUUUUUUCUAUGGACUUAAAAAAUUUAAUGGAUAAAAAUUUCUCAAAUGUGGAGUUAUGCAAUUCGACCAUCGAUAAUGAAAGUGCUACUAAUAAUUAUAUUACAUGGAACAUUAUUCAUAAUAUUGACUAUUGUGACAGGACAUUGGCUAUUGAUAGUUAUAAUGCAAUACUAAUAAUUUAUAAUGGAAACCAUAAUAAAAAUCGAAUAACUCUUAAUCACAAUAGUAAUGUCAUUGCUAUACAUAAUAAUGAUAAUAAUAAAAAUAUAAUUUCUGUCAAUAAAGGUAGUAAUAUAAUUAUUAUAAAUAAUAAUAACAACAACGAAAACACAAUUACUAUUAAUAAUAGCAGUGAAUUAAUUAUUAUCAAUAAUCAGAGUAAUAAUAAAAACAUUAUUAUUAUUAAAAACAAAAGAGGGCGGGUUAUUCUUAAUAAUAAUGAUCAUGAUGAUAAUAUUAAUACAAUCAUAGCUUUUAAUGAAAAUAACAGUAAUAGUAAUAAGAUAAUUAAUACGAACAAGUUAUAUUAAUGUAUAUGAUUAAUUAAUGAAAGAUAGAAAUAAACAACAGUUUGUGCAAUAGGAAGGAAAUACAGUCGAAGCUUUCUCAAGUUGCCCUCCCUAAAGUUGACAGGAUAUGCUCUCUAAAGUUGCUCGGAUUUUCUCCCACUUAUAAUUAACUUAUAAUUAAUG